UAUAUAUGUACACGCUCGGAGAAAAGGCACUGCUUCUACACUUCCCAACGAUAGACCUUCAAACUCAUCAGGAAAGGAGCAGACUUUCUUCUUCCUCUCUCUCUCUCUCUGUGGCACAGAAGCACUGAAAUUAUUAGGCUUGGCAGAAAAAUGAAGGGAGAGAAGAAGGAAUACAAAAGAGGGUUGUGGACGGCAGAGGAGGACAGACUUCUGGUGGACUACGUGAGGGUGCAUGGCAAGGGGAAGUGGAAUCGCAUUCCCCAGAUGACAGGCGUGAAGAGAUGUGGCAAGAGUUGCAGGUUGAGGUGGAUGAAUUAUCUGAGCCCGACCGUGAAGCGAGGUGAUUUCUCAGAGGAAGAAGACGACCUCAUCAUCAGACUGCACAAUCUUCUUGGAAACAGAUGGUCGCUUAUUGCGGGGCGAGUUCCUGGGAGAACCGAUAAUCAAGUGAAGAACCAUUGGAACACUCAUUUGAGCAAGAGGCUCGGAUUCAAGAAAGGCAAGGGCAGAGUCAACGGUCGUCAGAGAACCCGCCUCGCAAAGGAGAACCAGAAUCACACCGAAGUAGUGGGCUUGAGCCCGAAGCAGCCCUCCGACGAUGAAAGCGCUCGGAAAAUCAAUGGGGAUGACGAGUCAUCCCGAAGGGUGCUAGGAUGUGAUUCCUUGCAACAAUUGGUUACUCCGGACAAUGAGUUCCACAAUCCCUUUUGGUUCUUUAACAAUGAUCUGAGUCUUUUUAGUCCCGAUGUCAUGGGACGUUUCGAUGAGUAUGCUCUAGAUCUUGUUUUGGAUGGCCUGUAAACGUACUCCCUUUUCUCGACCUCAACCCGAAGUAAUCUUUUAUGAGUAAUUAAUCUCCCAAUUCCCUAA